UCCCAAUUGUGGAACGUGCCUACCGAGGUAGCUAGUUAACUACCCCUUAACAAAUUUAAGGGUUCUUUGCACUACUUGCACGUACCUGCCUUGGCUUUAAGUUUAAUUCCUUCAAUAUAGUAAUAUACCCUACCCUAGGUACCUAAGGUAUUCUCUUAUUAUAUCAUCAUGACAGAUUCACAUAAGUACCUACCUACUCACCUACUUGUAGCCUACAUAUCAUCCAUGGAUCUAUCGAAGUUUGGCUAGGUGCAGUAUUUGCACCGAUUCGGCAUCUUGACACCGCUCGGAAGACCUCCCUCCGCAAAGGAUCAAAAACGCCAUGUAGAAUGACUAAGCCAAAAUGAUAUAUCAAUCUAAGGACCUACUACCCUUUCACGCUCUGCUUUUUCACAAUGACUCUUAGCCGGCAAAUUUUCUCUCGUAUGCUACCUAUACGAGUAUUUGAUCAGUCAUGACGAAGUUGUCGCUUUUUCUUCUAUAUGUGGGAGGUGUGCUAGCUAUUCCUUUCCACCGAGGCGCUGCAAGGCUGUCACCGGUCACUCGUAACGGAACAAGCUUGCUAGUUGACGGGAAGGCAUGGAAAGCGGUAGGGCCAAAUGUCUACUGGCUAGGCCUCGAUGAGAAUGUUACGCCUCCUGAGGGGGAACCUUUCUAUGCCCCUACCAGAGCCAGCUACCCUACCAAGGAACGUAUCACUGAAGUAAUGGCAACAGUGAAAGCAUUAGGAGGCACCAUGAUCCGCGGCCACACCUUGGGUAUCAGUACUGGCAAUCCCCUGAGUGCCGUACCAGAACCAGGAGUAGUCAACGAGAGAGCCUUUGAUUCGAUAGACUGGGCAAUUCACCAAGCGGGCGUGUACGGGAUAAGGUUGUUGAUACCGUUGGUGGACAACUAUGAUUACUACCAUGGAGGAAAGUACAACUUCCUUCGCUGGGCAGGCUUUGAUCUCAAUCAACAAAGGGAUUCGAAUAAUCCAUUAAUCCAGCAGUUCUACACCAACGCAACUAUCGUCGCUACCUUCAAGGAUUAUAUAAAGACGAUAGUGACGCAUAUAAAUCAGUACAACAACCUGACUUACGCCGAAGAUCCCACCAUUUUUGCAUACGAGACAGGAAAUGAGCUUCUGGGUCCGAUAUGGGGUGACAUGAAUUCGCCUGCAGAUUGGGUCCAGGACAUUGCGAAAUACAUCAAGAGCCUAGCUCCUCAGAAGCUAGUAGUUGACGGAACUUACGGUGUCAACAAGACUCACCUAAACAUCGAAGAGGUAGACAUUUUCUCCGAUCACAUGUAUCCAGUCAACACAACCAAGCUCCAAGAUGACAUCAAACUUGUCGAAGCCGUCAACAAGCCCUUGUAUGUAGGCGAAUACGACUGGGUGGGCGGGACAACUGCCAACCUAGCAUCGAUGUUCCAGGUCAUCGAGGAGAGCCCCGUCGUCAUGGGUGACUCUUUUUGGAGCCAGUUCGGGCACAACGCCCCUGAUUGCACUACUUAUGUAGACCAUAGCGAUGGCCUCACUCUACAAUACGGCAACCCGAAUAAUACUGCGAACCAGAACAGCCGCAUCCAGCUCAUCAGGAAGCACUUCAUCGCCAUGAGCCAGGGCCGCGAUAUCGCGGCGGACGAGCCCCUGCCUAAUGUGCCAUGUCCGGCUCCCACAUCGCCUGUGUUCCGUAAAGGACCAUGAUGUCCAGCUGUUCGUGUCUAUCAUGGUAGGGCUGACGAGAAGAAGAGCUUGGUAAUGGAUUUGUGAUUGGGCUACCUAGGAAGGGACGGCCUGUUGGAUACGGGACAGAAUUGAGACUGAACUUGGCGAAAUCUAGGGAUGAUGAAUAAACCCCAACCAACUUUCACAACCCAUAGAGAUGGAUGUCUAAGUCCUAUGGUUUGUAUACAAUAUCUCGUCGAUGGGAAGUUUACGUUCAGACAUGCAAGGGCUGGA